AUGAUCCCCAAAACUUUCAAAAAGCCUAAUAGUCCAUUUAGAGCUAGAACUCAGCCCAUGAAACGUAGUUUAACCGAAGAUGUUUCCGUCGUCAACGUCACAAGCUCCGCCGUGAAUCUCAUUUUCCUAACCAGAGCGGAACGUGAAGCCUUAGCCCUAAAAUGCCAUAAAAAAGAAGUCGAUGAAAUCAACAAAAUCCGUCAAAGCCUCCUUUCCUCCACUUCCAACAACCACAACCACCACAACAGCAACGAUCUAAGCAAACCCUUUGAUUCCGAUCUCCAUCGCGAUUGCGACCGAGACCGCGACUGUGAUCAUGAUCGUGACCGUGACAGGCACGACCGUGACCGUGACAAAGAUUGGGAACGAGACCGAGAUCGACAUGAUAGAAACCAUGAGCGCGACGAGGAUGCUAAGUCUCGCAAGCAUGCGCGGUUGGAGAAAUUGGCGGUGCGGGAGCGUGAGAAAGAGAAAUUCAGAUUCUCGUAUUUGGGUUUAUUUAAAUAUAAAUUUUAG